UGCAACGGAACGACAAGACAACUAAGAGACAAUGGCGGACGUUUUGUAAAGUGACGCAAGCUAACGUUCUACGGCAUGCGUUUAUUUAAUUUUUCGCCUCUAGAAGUUGUUGAUCAAUUACUAUUUUUAUCAAUAAACACAUGACCAAUUAAGGGAUUGAACAUAUAUCUAACAAGCAAUGGCUCGCGAGUUUGAUCACCUCUUCAAACUGCUGAUUAUCGGUGACAGUGGUGUUGGUAAGAGCUGUCUUCUACUGCGGUUUGCCGAUAAUACAUUCUCCGGUAGUUACAUUACGACGAUAGGUGUAGAUUUCAAAAUAAGAACUUUAGAGAUAAACGGUGAACGGGUUAAACUGCAGAUAUGGGAUACGGCCGGUCAGGAAAGAUUCAGGACAAUUACGAGCACUUAUUACAGAGGAACUCACGGUGUAAUCGUUGUAUACGACGUCACUAAUGGGGAGUCCUUUGCUAAUGUCAAGAGGUGGUUACAUGAGAUUGAACAGAACUGCGAUGUCGUUAACAAAGUUUUAGUUGGCAAUAAGAAUGACUGCCCUUCACGAAAAGUAGUUGUUACCGAGGAUGCUCAGAGGUUUGCCAGUCAAAUGAAUAUACCAUUGUUUGAAACCAGUGCAAAGGAGAACAUCAAUGUUGAAGAAAUGUUUCUUACAAUAACAAAAAUGGUCUUAAGGUCUAAAUUGGAAAUGAAAGAGCGACAGAAUGUAACAGCAAACGACACAGUAAAUUUAAAGAGGAGCCACAAAACGAAAAAGAAAUGUUGCUAGUGACCAUCCACUAUGGCACAAUCCAGGGGUGUCACUUAUAAAAUGCUCAAAUAUUGAGAGAUAGUUGCACAACCCUAGCAGGACACUAUGGGACCUCGGCCAUAUAAUGUUUACCAAUGAAAUAGAACCUUCCUGUGUUGAUGUAAGGUACAAAUAAAGUGUAUUUCGACAUCAACAUUAUAUACAGUUAGUUUUAUGGAACUAGUGGAUUUUUGUACCUUGUUGUGUAAGUUGAUCUCUAUUGAAUAUUAUCAUGGCAGUGUUACUAUUAUCAAGGUCAUCACUGUUUGAUGCUAUCUGUUCAUCCUCCCUUAAGUUUACACCAGGCAGUCUGUGCUGGGUUGAACGAUCUCAUUCUAAUGAGCAUUAUGAAUAAUUUACUCCAAAAAUUACAUUAGGAAUAUUAUGAAUGCAUAGUUAAUGUGUAUAAUUGUACUCUCAUAAUCAAAAUUUAUGUGAUGGAGUGCUAUGUAUGAUAUGAAGUUGGUUUGAAUAAUGGUGAAUUUGUCUUGCAAUGGAUCAUCACAUUGAUUCUAAUGACAGUGUUAGUAUUAAAACUUGAAUGUGUUUAAAUUAAAGUAUUAUGUUUUAUUAUUUAACAUUUAUUAUAAUAUUUGAGCUGAAUUUGUUGUAGACAAUCUCGGAAACGAAAUAAUUUGAUAUAGCCUCUUUCAUGUAUUGAGGGAUUGCAAGACUUUCAAUUAUAAUAGUUUAUAUAUGUUAUAUGUAAAAUAGAGAUUGUGUACAAUAUAAUCGAAGCCAGUAUCAUAUUAUUAAUGAAUUUCAAACACAAUUGCCUAAUGUGUAAUUUCUCAUUAAAUGUUUGUAACUUAAAUAUUGUUGGAUCCAGUUAGGAAUUUAAAAAGUGAGAUCAUAUUUAUAUUUUUUUAAAUUAAUAUUGGCAAAGUAUAAUCUAAAUGUGUAUCUGGAUAGGUAAUAAAUAUGUAAUGCGAUAUUAUUUAACUUAACACAAAUGCUAACCACUCAAUCAAUGUAAAUAUUUUUUGCACAGGUCACACUUGAUAUAAUUUAUCAAGAGUGAAAUGAGUUUUCACUCAUGAUUAAAUUUAUGGACCAUUGAAAGUUAAUUUUUGUUGGAUUUUUUUUUCGAUAAUCUGUAAUAGACAAUCUCUUAAUUUUUCUAAAUAUCUAGAGUGAAAGUGACAUUAUAAUGGCCUAAUUGUUUUUGUUAACUGUAAAUGCAGUUUAAAAAUUGUUAAUUUUGUCCUAUUGAGUUGUAUGUAUUAUACCAAAAUAGUAAAGUAUUAAAGUGAAAUUUUACACUGCUAUGUUAACACUCAAUUAAGGUUUUUUACUGGACCAUAGUGCAAAAUAAAUUUUGGGAUCAUAAGUAAUGUAUGCAUCAGGAAUACGGCGAGUAGGUUUAAUAAAACUUGAAAACAUAUAAUUUGUAGUAUGAAAUUAUUAAAUACCAAAACAUUUUGUAAAUAUCAAUAAAAAUAUUUUAGAUUUCUUAUAGAUUUAUUUAAAUUAAAAAAUUACUUGAAAUGCUUAACUUAUCACCAAGAAUGUAAGAAAUAAUAAAUUUAGUUUUAUUAAUAAUAUUCAUUCCGUACAAUUUUGUACUUUAUUAUUAGGCUGGCCAAAGAAAAUUGAUUGAAUACUCUUUACAAGACGAACAUAGUGAAUAUUAAUCGUCUUAAAUAAAAAAUGAGCUUUGAGGUAUUAGAAGUUGCCAGUCUAAUAGUUUGCAGCAUUUUGCUUUAUUUUGAAUUGGUACUUGUAUUAUUUUUAAGUUAUGUAUAUGUUCAUACCAGCAUUUUAAAAGUGUAAAUAGAUAUAUUUUGCCCAU